AUGCAACCCGGCACCUUUCUCGCCAGCGCCCUCGCCGCGGCUCUCGUCCCGGCCGGCGCCCUCGCGGCCACACCUCCUGGCUCCCCGAGUGCUCGCCUGGCUGGCACCUCGAACGCUCGUCUGGCUGGCAUCUCGAACACCAACCCGCCCGGCGGCGCCCCGAGGCCCAGACAGCAAUGCUUCCUUUCGGCCGAUCUGGGUCCUGAUGUCAUGGGUCAGCCGACCCUCCUCGAAGCUACGCCGUUUGUGAACGACAUGUUCGAUUUCCACGGAUAUCGGUGCCAAAUGGGCAAAGACUGCAGCCACGUGCGGUGUCGGGGAUUUCCUGCCGCGUUCAAAAUGACAGCGAGAAAUUACCCGGACGGGAAAGGGCCUCUGGGAACAUCAGCAGGAGACAGUUUCGUCCCUGGGCCGGUUGUCAAGGUUUAUCCAGCUCCACGUUGA